AGUGUCGUUGUAGUCACUUAUAUAUAAGCGUCGAUAGAAUUAGGGUUUACGGGAGCAGACUGAGCAGGAGGAAGAAGAAGACGAAGAGGAACAUCAUCAGCAGCCAUGGUUCUCAAGACAGAGCUUUGUCGUUUCAGUGGCCAGAAGAUUUACCCAGGAAGAGGAAUUAGGUUUAUCCGAUCUGAUUCUCAGGUUUUCUUGUUUGCUAACUCAAAGUGUAAGAGGUACUUCCACAAUAAGUUGAAGCCAUCCAAGCUUACAUGGACUGCCAUGUACAGAAAGCAACACAAGAAGGAUGCAGCUCAAGAGGCUGUGAAGAGAAGAAGACGUGCCACCAAGAAGCCAUACUCAAGGUCCAUUGUUGGUGCUACCUUGGAGGUGAUUCAGAAGAAGAGAGCUGAGAAGCCAGAAGUUCGUGAUGCUGCCAGAGAAGCUGCUCUGCGUGAGAUCAAGGAAAGAAUUAAAAAGACCAAAGAUGAAAAGAAGGCUAAGAAGGUGGAAUUUGCUUCUAAGCAACAGAAGGUCAAGGCAAAUUUCCCCAAAGCUGCUGCUGCAUCAAAGGGUCCUAAGUUGGGAGGUGGUGGUGGCAAACGCUGAAGAGCUUAAGCCAUAUUUUCUCACUCUGUGUCUUUCUCUGCUAGUGGCUUCUUUUACUAGUUAAUGUUGAUUUCUGAAUAUUCUGCAAAACGUAAACCUUGUUAUUUCGCUUUUGUCUCUUACUUUUGCUACUCUUAUAAUAUCAGACUUGAGAAUUUUGCUGCUUAUGAACUUCAUUUCACUGUUC